AUUCUAUAUGAGAACCGAAUUUCGCAUUCAUUUCGCAUAUUUUAUAUGUUCACAAGGAAUUAUAGAGAUCACUAAUCAAUAUUAAUUAAUGAUUAACUACUAAUAAUCGAAUAAUUAUGGCAAGUGAUUCCGAUUCCGAGGAAGGUGGAGGAUAUGACUGGACCAACAAAUGGCGUCUGAAGAAGCGGCAGCUGGAGGACGAUAUCGUGCGCAAGAACGCCCUCCUGCAGCAGCUCAUGGACGACAACAUGCAAGCGGAGGAAGACAAUCAGGUUCUGCGCGCUACUGUGUCGACGUUGCAAACGCAGUUGCGGGAGGCGCAGACUGAGCUGGAUGAGCUGGCCGCAGACUUCAGUGCCCUCAAUGACGCCAACCAACACCUGCAAGAGACGCUGCUGUCGGUACAGCAGAGCGAAGACGACCUGCGGGAGGCGCUGAAGGCAGCGCAGCAGGAGACGCUGCAGCUGCAGCAGCAGCACCUCGCCUUCAGCGCCACAGCUGAGCACAGGAACAGCAAGCUGCAGGCGCUGCUGCGGGAGCGGGAGGAGCAGCUAGUGGAGCUGAGGUCUGAGCGCAACGCUGUCCUGCGCCUGCGCCGCCAGCAGAAGAAGUUCUCGAGUGAGCGGCAGAACGAACUCGUCGAGAAGCUCCAGAUGGAAAUGGAUGAAAAAAAUCUCGAGAUCUCGAAAUUGACGUCCAAGUUGCGGGAAGCCAGCGAAGAGAUGGACGCAACUACUGAAGUCAUCGCCUCUCUCAGGGCAACCGCUCAGACCAACGCUAGCGACGAGCUCAAGACGCAACUGCAGCGGCAGCGCAAGCAGCUGCAGCAGGAGCGGCAGCUGAACGCGCGUCUGCGGCAGCAGCUGGUAUCAGCUGAAGACGACGCUCAGAUGCACGCAAAACAGUUGGCGUCGGUGACGGAGAACCUGCGGUCGUACAUGAGCGGUGAAUAUUCGUUCGCCGAGGCGCUGAGGGAGCUGAAGGAGUGCAGGAGUCAGCUCGCUCAGCGGGAGUCUCAGGUCGCUGAGCUCACCGCCCUCACAAAUGCCCUCCAGAUCAGAGAGGAUGAAGUCGCUGAAGAAAACGAGCUUUUGAGGUCGCGUCUGAAGCUAGAGCCGCGCGCGGAGCAGGAGCUGCCGGCGGGGGUGGCCAGCCAGCGACAGAGACGCAAGAAACUCAUCACAUCUCUCACCCGCCGCGUCAGGGCGCUCGAGGAGGAGAAGCUAUCACUCAAAACUGAGGUCUACGCACUCACGCGGGAGCUGGCGAACACGCGGCACGCGGUGCAGCUCACGGCGCUCGACCUGCCUGUACAGGAGGCUUUAUCGUGCCUUACAGGAGGCCUGAACAAAGAGGUGUCUGAGGAGCUUCAGCUGAUGCGGCAGGCGUUGGGACAGCUUGCAGGAGAGCUGAGAGAAGCGCUGGGGACAACGUCUAAGAUUGCGGGAGAUCGGUCAGGCCGGAGCUCAGGACUGGGGGAACAAACUGUUCAAGACGCCAGGAAAAUCAUCGCUAAACUUCAGAAGCAGUUUGAUAAACUUUAUUCUGAAGACAUGUGCUUCAUUACAGAGUGUACAUUAACAUGUGCUCCAGUAUAA